UUCACCCAACCCAGAGUCCUGGAGCCAAAUCCCCUCCUAGACCCGCACUAAAUGACCAACACUUUCCAGGAGUUGCUGAAGUCCUAGGAGCACACGUUCACCUGAGGCCACCAGUGCAGUGACUGACAGACUGACUCAAUAGGGAGCUACAGCCACUGUGUUGUUUUCAAGACCGAAUAAAGAUCUAAUUGCAGAUUUACGAGCAUGGCUACCCAGAACUACUCAGCUAACCUGGAUUAUUAUACGGGUUCUAGUUCUGUGUUGCCUCCGUACAACAACCCGUUUAACCACACAGACCUCAUCUGUGAAAAAAGUCACGCCCGGCAGUUUGCUCAGACUUUCCUGCCAGCAUUUUUCAGCAUUGUAUUCUGCAUCGGCACACUGGGUAAUGGCUUAGUCAUCCUCGUGUACUGGACAUACAGAUACAGGAAGAGCAUCACCGACAGAUACCUGCUGCACCUGACCAUUGCUGAUCUGCUUCUUGUUUUCACUCUCCCUUUCUGGGCAAAAGCAGCUUCAGAUGGAUGGAUCUUUAAGAACGUCAUGUGUAAAAUUGUCAAUAGCAUGUAUAAGAUCAACUUCUACAGCUGUAUGUUAUUUCUAACAUGCAUUAGUUUUGACAGGUACAUUACAAUUGUCCAGGCCAUGAAAGCUAAGAACUCUAAGCGAAAAAGGCUUCUGCACAGUAAACUAGUUUGCUUUGGUGUUUGGCUAAUUGCAAUAGUCUUAUGCAUCCCAGAAAUAGUAUACAGUGAAUCUAAGCAAGUUAAUGAUACAACUGCCUGCAAGAUGGUAUACCGUGCCACAGUGACCCGAACCAUCGAAGUUACUGUCCUAGCUUUGAAAAUCACAAUAGGAUUCCUCCUUCCUCUCUUCAUCAUGGUUACUUGUUAUGCUUUUAUAAUUCAUACCCUCCUUCAAGCCAAAAGAUCCCAAAAGCACAAAUCAUUAAAGAUCAUCACCCUUAUUAUCAUAGCUUUUCUCCUCUCCCAGUUGCCCUACAAUGGCAUUUUGCUGGUCAAAAUCAUCGACGCCUACACCAGGGUUAUAUAUGACUGCAAAACCUCUGACAACAUUGAUCUUGGAUUCCAGAUAACUCAGAGCAUCGCCUUCCUUCACAGCUGCCUGAAUCCCUUCCUCUAUGUGUUUGUUGGGGAGAGAUUCCGUAAAGCCCUCUUUAAAACUCUGGAGGAUGCAAUUCACCGCACUGGUAAGAUCCGAGAACAGAGCUCUUCUGUAUAUGAUAGCCGUGAAGGGAGCUCAAAAUGGUCUGGAUUGCUGGGGCCAACAAAAACCAGGAGCUCUCUCACUUUGAGUAUGCACCAAAAUUCCUCACUCACACCCAACUUCUGUCAAGCUCCUUUCAAAGUUAAUGGGAAUCUGGCCGGAGCAAGGAGUACAGAAUGCAGUGCUCUGUAAGUGAUUCUU